AGGGGCUGGGCCCGCCCCUGGGGUAGUGAUCUGUGUCGUGGUGGUGUGGGGGACCCUUGGUGCAGUAGCAGGUGGCAGCAUUGAAGCUGGGGUCCCUGUGUGGGGUGGUGGCUUUGAGGGGUGCUGUUUAGAUCUGGACUCUUGCUUUGGGGGUUUGGCAGACCCAUGGGGCAGAGCGGGGAGGGUGAGCAGACAGGGCCUGCCCCAGGGGGUGCUGAGCAGUCAUGGCUCCUGUUGGGUUCAACUGUGUGGGAUGCUCAGCACCUUGCAGGAUCUGGGCUAAAGGCCACUAGAUUCUAGCAGAGUUCAGACUUUGGAACAGUAGCAUCUAAACUGAUCCCAGUUGGGCCUUGAAGUUCCCACCUCACUGGAGGACUGAGAUGUCAGGCGGCAGAAUUCAUGGUGUCCUUCUGUGAUGCCGUUCAUCCACACGGCUCACUGCGCUGUGUGGAGCUGGUGGAUGCUGGUAUCCCGAUUUGGCAGGGAGACACAGCUGGUGUUACUUGCGUAGAGUCACUUAAAAAAAAUGAGGGGUAGCUAGGAAAUAAACCUUGGGGGCAAAUCUUCAUCUGGUGUAAACUGCCACAGCUCCACUGGAGGGUUUACCUCCUGGACUGAGCAUGUGCCCUAGCCACUAGCCCUCACUGCCCUCCUUCCCUGCUGCUGUUUAGCUCAGUGGUUCUCACCCCUGCAGCUGCACCCAGCUCAGAAUUUCUGCGGGGAAAGAGAGGCUUGUCCUGACCAUAUUGUUCCAACAGGGACAGGUCUGAGCGCAUCCAGGCUGGAAUGUGGUGGCCUGGCUAAGAGCUACCCCCAUGUCCUCCUUUCUAGGAAGGGGCCGGAGUUUCUCACUGCUGUCUCUUUCCCCUAGCAACUCCCCUCCAGUUCCCCUGAGCCCACACAGCGCAGAGCCCAUGCCAGGCGACCUGCGAGCAGGCAUUAGUCCUGGCACUGACAAUGCAACGUGGGCUGCUGGCUCACUUCUUCCUUCCCCUGGGCUAAGCUCGCUCCUCUCCCACAAGAGGAGUUGCUUUGCAGUAGAAAGGCUGAGGUCACGGGGAGGAGGAGAAUGGCAGGAAGAGUGGAAAGAGCAGGCGGCUGUGCGAGCUCCGGCUUGUCUAAACUUGUCGCCUUUGCAUUUCUCCGCUGAGGCCGGCCGCAAGGAGCAGCCCUAGCCCCCCCAGUCUGCGAAGGAGCUCCAGGCAGCAUUUGGGAGAGACACACUGCUCUGUAUGGACCAAGGACUGAGCCCAGACUAACCAAACAUCCUCUGAGGCAGAGUGGCCAUUGCUGCAGGGGAGCAAUGGCCCCCAAACGCAAGGCGCCUGCCAAGGCCCAGACCCAGGACAAGAAGGUGAAGCAGGAGUCAGAGGAGGACAGCGUCCGCUCCACCGUGGAGGCGCUGAAGACCGCUCCCAAGGAGAAGCUUAAAGCCAAGAUCGACUCUGCCUGCCAGCUGAGCAAUGGCGGCGAUGCCCAGAUCCAUGAGGAUUACGACUGCAUGUUGAACCAGACCAACAUCGGAAACAACAACAACAAGUUCUACAUCAUCCAGCUCAUCGCUCACAAUGGCAGCUACAGCUGCUGGAACCGCUGGGGUCGCGUGGGGGAGGUGGGACAGUCAAAGCUCAGCCCCUUCCCUUCCUUGGAAGCCGCCAAGAAGGACUUUGAGAAGAAGUUCCGGGAGAAGACCAAGAACAGCUGGGCUGAGCGGGAGAACUUUGUGGCCCACCCUGGCAAGUACACCCUGAUCGAGGUGCAGCAUGGGGCUGAGGAGGAGCAGGAGGUGACCAUGAAGGUGGACAGCGUGGAUGGAGGGAAGUGCUUCAAGCAGAGGACGCUGCCCUGCAGCCUGGACAAGGCCACCCAGGAGUUGGUCUCACUCAUCUUCAGCAAUGACAUGUUCAAAGAGGCCAUGCAGACCAUGAAUAUCGACGUGAAGAAGAUGCCACUGGGGAAGCUGAGCAAGCAGCAGAUCGCCAAGGGCUUCGAGGCCCUGGAGGCCAUUGAGACGGCUCUGCAGGAGCAGCCGUUGUCCUGCAGGCAGCUGGAGGAGCUGUCGUCCCGCUUCUACACCAUCAUCCCCCACAGCUUCGGCCGCGCCAGGCCCCCUCCCAUCAACACACAGGAGAUCGUCCAGGCCAAGAAGGACAUGUUGCUGGUGCUGGCAGACAUUGAACUGGCCCAGAGCCUGCAGGCACAGAAGAAAGAGGAGGAGGAGGUGAAGGUGGAGGAAGUGCCUCACCCGCUGGACAAGGACUAUGAGCUUCUGAAGUGUGAGCUCACCCUGGUGGACCCGGCGUUGGAGGAUUACCAGGUGAUCCAGACCUACGUAGAGAAGACUGGGGUGAGCCACCGGAAGGUCAAGAUCCUGAACAUCUGGAAGGUGAAGAGGGAAGGAGAGAGCGAGCGCUUCAAGGCUCACGACAACCUGGAGAACCGGCGCCUGCUGUGGCAUGGCACCAACGUGGCCGUCGUAGCCGCCAUCCUCAAGAGCGGCCUGCGCAUCAUGCCGCACUCCGGCGGGCGUGUGGGCAAGGGGCUUUACUUCGCCUCUGAGAACAGCAAGUCGGUGGGAUAUGUGAGCUGCACCUCCCAGGGGGUCGGGAUCAUGUUCCUCAACGAGGUGGCCCUAGGCAAGGAGUAUCGGAUCACCCAGGACGACUCGUCAUUGCGCAAGGCCCCCCCAGGGUAUGACAGUGUGAUCGCCUGUGGUCGGACUGAGCCAGACCCUGCUUGUGACCGAGAGCUGAUGGUCGAGGGCAGGAAGGUGCUGGUGCCGCAGGGGAAGCCCAUCCCCAUGGCCAAGUACCAGGACUCCUCCUUCAGCCAGAGCGAGUACCUGAUCUACCAGGAGAGCCAGUGCCAGAUCCGCUACCUGCUCCAGCUCCGACUCUGAGGUGCUUUCCCACAGGCCCAGCACCCCUCCAGCUCCCGGAGACCGUGGCCAGCUGUGCCGAUGGCGACGAUGCCUCGGGGUGCGACCUGCGGCAGGGUGAGAUGACAGUGCUCAGUGAGCUGGCUGCAGGAAUGCCUCUGUUGCCUGCUGGCUCAGGAUCCCUGGGUCCCAUGGGCCUGGAAGUGAUGCUCUAUGACAUGCCAUGAAGUGUGUGGCUCCUGCAUUCGGAGUCCCUGAGCCAUGCUGCCUGGAGGAGGGGGCUGGGGCGCAGCUGCCGUAGCCAGUUAAACUCCCAGCAGCCUCUGUUGGGGCUCCAGGGGGAGUGCUGGAGUCUGCGAGCAGCAGGGCUCUCCGAGGCCUUCUGUGAGUGUAAAUAAAAGUGUGUGCAGAUUGCAA